AUGUUGAAAAAUAUCGCGAAAUUCGAUGCAGCUGCAAUGUCGCAGCGAUUCGCGAGUUUCAAUCAAGCGGAUCUCGUGCAUUUAAGACAAUGGCUGGAAAAAACGCCUCAUCUUCCGCAAUUGGAGGAUCACGAGAUCUUUUUGUUCUUGCAUGCGAGUAAUUUUAGUGUUGAGGCAUGUAAAACAAGGUUGGAUAAAUUUUAUACGAUUAGGACACGUGUAAAGGCGAUGUUUGAGGAACGAGAUGUGAACAGUGAUGAAUUUAGAUUUGCGCAUGAGAAUUACGCUUGUUGGAUUAUGCCGAAACCAUUGCCAGACAACAGGAAAAUUAUUAUUUCGAAGAUAUUGAAUCCAGAUAGAUUCAAUUUUAAAAUGAUAUUGAAGUUAAUGACCUUUGUUGGCGAAUACGAGCUUUGGACAAACCCCUCAGAACUCUGUGACGGCUACAUCUUCCUGGUCGACUUGAAAAACUCCCGUCUUUCACACUUGACACAAAUCGACUUUAUGCUAAACAAACAAAUGUGCACUUAUACCGUCGACGCCUUUCCCGUGCGCAUUUCCGCCAUUCACUUUAUCAAUGCCCCGAGUCACAUGGAACGGAUAAUGAGUAUCGUCAAGACGUGCGUUAGCAAAGAUAUCACGGAUAAAUUUUUUGUCCAUUCAAAACCGGGCGAAAUCCCUUCGUGCAUUCCGCGUGAAAUUCUCCCUCGCGACUACGAAGGCGGCCAGCUGAAAAGCAUCGAGGAACUCAACGACGACCAUUACAACUUUUUGUACCAAAACCGGGAAUUUUUCAUCGAGGAGACAAAAUGUCGUCGGGUUAACGAACGUCUGCGAAGCACAAAGAAUCCGUAUGACGAUGCGCUGUUCGGCAUGCAGGGCAACUUCAAAAAGCUCGAUAUCGACUAA